GGAGGGACGAGGCUCCAGAUCACCUAGUACCUAUCCCAGUCGCGCGCAGAGAGCACAUCUCAAGGGUGCUCCGUCCAAUAAUAAGAAAAACCAAAAAUAAAAACAAUUUAGUGCUUUCAGGUACUGUGUAGUGAUUGCGCGAGUGCUUCCAUUAGGAACUCUUGUUAUAGUGCCAACUGUGCGUCUAGUUUCAGGAUAUUAUGUCACAGCCAUAUCUGCUUUAAGAGUGAACGCGUUGAGUGAGCUGACUGCGUUGGCAAGUCAUGGUGGCCCCGUCGCGGGUGACAGGCCGAGCGGCCAACCAAGUCACCUAAAGCAGCCAGGCUCACCACUGCGCCGCCGCUGUCAACACCAUGCCUGCGCCGCUCCUCAUAUACGUCACCUGCUUCACCUUUCUCUGGAUAUGUGCAAAAGCGGAUGAUCCAUUGCCGGUGUUCGGGGGCGCGCGGCCGGCUAACGGUACCGCGGAGCCCCCCGACUUGCGAUCCCCCAUGGGCCGAGUCCCGCAAUAUCAACCACCUGGCUUGGGACCUGGGGGCUUGGCCCCACCGCAGAGCUUUUGGCCUCACAAUCCGCAUACUCGCGUCGAGUCUUGGCACCACCGUCCCAUAUUCACCCGUAUACACACUGUAUCCCACGACACCGGUGACAUGGAAGGCCACCACCAUGGGGACGUCGACGCAGACUGCCACCAGCCUUGUGCUAAACCACAAUUCUCUUGUCAGAAAUCAUGCACCUGUAUACCGAUAGAAAAGCGCUGCGACGGUAAAGUGGAGUGUGCCGACGCAGAAGAUGAAAAGAAUUGCACUCCAGCUUGCGAUGAGAAUCAAAACCGGACUCUCUGUCAUAGCACCAGCGUCUGUAUUAAAGUGGAGUGGCUCUGUGAUGGAGACAAUGACUGUGGCGAUUAUUCCGAUGAAACCCAUUGCGGUGGAACCACAAACUGUACGUCGCAGCAGUUUCAAUGUGCUAACGGACUGUGCAUUCACAAGGACUGGGUGUGUGACGGUGACAACGACUGCCGAGACAACUCUGAUGAGAACAACUGCAUCAAGGGCAAGUGUCGAGAGCAUCAGUUCAUGUGUGCGAUUGGGGAAUGCAUAUCGAAACAUUGGCGUUGUGACAAGGAAGCCGACUGUCCUGAUAGCUCUGACGAAGCUGAUUGUCCUGUGGAUCUUUUGCGGUGUGGUGAGAAUGAGUUCCAAUGUGACAACAAGAGAUGCAUCCGUAAAGACUUCCAGUGUGAUGGUGAUAAUGACUGUGGAGACUGGACUGACGAAGACACGUGUCCUAUGUUACCUGGAAGCUGUAAUGCUGGGGAAUUCAGAUGCAGUGAUGGCAAAUGCAUACCAGAUCGUUGGCGGUGUGAUACUGAAAGAGAUUGUGCUGACAGUGGCGACGAGCUCAACUGUGAACCAAACUCUAUGCGAAAUUGUACUGAUGAUGAGUUCACGUGUGCUGAUCGACGAUGCAUUUUGAAAACUUGGCUCUGUGACGCUGUCCGGGACUGCACAAACGGUGAAGACGAAAUGAACUGUGAAGUGCAUUGUGAAGAAGAUCAAUACACUUGCAAAACUCAAGAUCAUCUCAUUAGCAGUGCAUUCAGGAAUUGUGUAAACAGAAAACACGUUUGUGAUGGCAUGAAGGACUGUCCAGAAGGAGAUGACGAAGAGAAAUGUCCAGUGAAGAGAGCAUGCACUUUUGAAGAUAGAUGUGACCCUGACAUGUGUAUAACCACUUACGAUGGACAAUCAGCUUGUACCUGUCCUUUAGGUUUCCUGUUAGACUACGACAAUCACACCUGCCGCGAUAUUGAUGAAUGCAUGUACGAGCAAGAUCCAGUUUGCUCCCAAACAUGCUCAAAUACUGUUGGCAGCUUCAAAUGUGGCUGUAUGACUGGAUACGUGUUGAGACCUGAUGGCCGAUCUUGUAAGCCUACAGGAGAAUCACCCACUUUGCUGUUUUCUAAUCGCGUUGGUAUACGACAGGUUUGGUUAACGGGCGAUAAUUACAUGCCAGUGGUGAAAGGUCUUCAUAAUGCGGUUGCUUUAGACUACCACUACGAGAAACAACUUGUCUUUUGGACUGAGAACAACCUCAGAGUCAUCAGGGUAGCUCAAAUGAAUAACAACAACUUGACAGAUGUUAUAAGGUGGGGAUUAGAAACACCUAGUGGAGUGGCUGUAGAUUGGAUACAUGACCUGCUAUUUUGGACGGAUUCUGGUACUCGACGAGUGGAAGUUACGACACUUGAAGGAAAUCAAAGAGCAGUCAUAGCUGCCAACGAUUUGGACAAACCAAGGGCUAUAGCAGUGCACCCUGGAGACGCUUUGGUGUUCUGGACUGAUUGGGGUCCCAACCCAAAGAUAGAGCGUGCUGAUAUGGACGGCAGUAGGCGGAAAAGCAUCAUCGUGGAUAAAAUCUUUUGGCCAAAUGGACUGACCAUUGACUAUACGGAAUCGAAGAUAUACUGGGCAGAUGCCAAACACCAUGUUAUUGAGAAGGCUUCGUUUGAUGGACGAGAUCGGAAGAAGGUAACCAAUAAAGGCCUUCCUCAUCCAUUUGCUCUGACGCUGUUUGAAGAUGCUAUCUACUGGACCGACUGGCACACCAAGAGUAUUUCUACCGUCAACAAGAACACUGGCAUGGGAAUACAGACUGUUCAUGCAGGACUUAACGUUCCAAUGGAUAUUCAUAGUUACCACCCACUGAGGCAGAUAAAGACCUAUAAGAAUCGUUGCGGCACCAACAAUGGAGGUUGCUCCCAUUUCUGUCUUCCAAAUAGCAAUGAUCACUCUUGUCGGUGCCCUGUUGGAUUUAACUUGAACUCGGAUGGUCGUACUUGUGAACAAACACCAGAGAAACUGCUCUUAUACGCUCGUAAGAAAGACAUCAGAUUGAAACAACUGAAUCCCAGGAAAUCAACAGAUUCUUUGGAUAUGGUAAUUCCAGUAGAAACGAUAAAGUCAGCUGUUGCAUUGGACUGGGAUCACAACACCAAUUCGAUAUUCUGGACGGACGUUGACAAGGAUACCAUCAACCAUGCCUACUUGAAUGGAUCACAGCAACGCGUUAUCGUGGGAUCUAAUUUGAUUUGGCCAGCCGGUUUAGCCUACGAUUGGUUAACUGAUAAGCUGUACUGGACUGACGCUGGUACGAACAGGAUUGAGGUAGCCAAUGUUGAUGGUAGCAUGCGAACCUUGCUAGCGUGGGAUAAUAUUGACAAGCCGAGGGAUAUCGUUGUGGAUCCAAAAGGUGGCGUAAUGUACUGGUCAGAUUGGGGUACUAAUCCGUGCAUUGAACGUGCUGACAUGGACGGUGGGAAUCGACGGCGACUCAUUUUUGGUAACAUGACCUGGCCUAACGGACUCGCACUGGAUCUCAAGAACAGCCGCAUUUACUGGACCGAUGGAGGAAAUCAGACUAUCGAGUAUGCCAACUUGGAUGGUACCGGAAGAACAGUAUUGAUUGGCCAACAACAACUGCCACACCCAUUCGGUCUGGAUCUAUUCGGAGACGAGGUCUUUUGGACGGAUUGGGACACACAGUCAAUUCAAGCGGCCAACAAGUACACCGGAAAGAACCGUCGUACACUUGGCGCUGGUGUGGCUGGACUGAUGGACGUCCGAGUUUUCCACAAAGAGCGAGUUUCUGGAGCCAAUAGAUGCGGUAAGAACAACGGUGGAUGCUCUCAUUUGUGCUUAUUGAAGCCUAUGGGAAGAUCAUGUGCAUGUCCUAUUGGAAUCAAAAUUGGCAAGGAUGGCAAGACGUGUGCAAAUGGUCCCGUGAACUACUUGAUAUUUGCGCAUCGUGUGGAUAUCCGAGUAGUGUCGCUAGAUGUGCCAUAUUUAAUCGACGUCCCAUUACCGCUCCCAGUGCUCAAGAAUGCCUUUGGAGUUGAUGUAGAUCACAAAACAAGUCUGAUCUACUGGACGGAUACUGGUGAAAGGAAGAUACAACGUGCUAACAGAUCUGGCAAAGACAUUGAGACUAUCAUAGGUAAAGGUUUACAUACGGUUGAUGGAAUCGUAAUUGACUCUACUGGUCGUAAGAUCUAUUGGACAGAUGGUGGCAGGAAUAGUGUUGAAGUCGCUGAACUUGAUGGUUCCAACCGAAAAGUCCUUGUGUGGACUGGUUUAGAUUCUCCUCGCGCUAUUGCUUUGCAUUAUGAGUACGGAUACAUGUUCUGGUCGGAUUGGGGCACAUCUGCCAAGAUCGAAAGAGCUGAUAUGGACGGCACGAACAGGCGAGUCAUCGUGGAGAACAACAUCAAAUGGCCGAAUGGUCUCGCUAUAGAUAAAAUCGAGGGUCGUCUCUACUGGAAUGAUGCUAAAGUCCUCUCUAUCGAAAGUUCUGAUUUCAACGGUAACGAUCGUCGCAUUAUUCUCAGUAAUGUUCCAUAUCCUUAUGGCAUUGUUAUUGUGGGACAACACGUGUACUGGACUGAUUGGAGGACACAAGCCUUGCAUAGAGCGGACAAGAACAGCGGAAAGAAUUCUAUCAUUAUCAGAAAGAACUUGGAGGGACUUAUGGAUAUUCGUGCUGUUCAGGGUGAACGAGAAUUAGAAAACGUCUGUGGCAACAACAACGGUGGUUGCUCUCAUCUAUGCCUACGAUCACCAUCAGGCUACACAUGUGCAUGCCCAACUGGUUUACUCUUCAACUCCACCGAACCGAAUCCGAAGACUUGCAGAAAAUACCCUGAAAGUUUCCUGUUCUUUGCUACGAAGACCAGUAUUGCUCUUAUCUCGUUCGAUACUCCUGAACAAUGGGACGUCGCUUUACCAAUAAAGGUGCAAAACGCUGUAGCUGUGGACUUCCACUGGGACAAUAAACUGUUGUUCUACACUGAUGUCGAUAUGGAUGUUAUCAGAUCAAUAAAUAUGAUGAACAUGAGUGAUACGAAGGAUGUGAUCAAAGGCAACAUGGGUAUUCCAAACGGACUGGGAGUAGACUGGAUUGCGAACAAUAUCUACUGGACUGACAAUGAAUAUAAAGUCAUAGAAGUUGCACGAUUGGAUGGCUCCUCGAGAAAAACUCUACUUAGCAAUUUGAGUGAACCUAGGGCACUGGCACUGUUUCCAGCUAAAGGAUACCUUUACUGGAGCGAUUGGGGUCAAACUCCAUGUAUUGAGCGAGCCUUCCUAGACGGUAGCGAACGAAAAGUGAUCGUGAUUCAAGAUGUAGGUUUCCCUAACGGAAUAACAAUCGAUUACAAGGAGAGGAGACUGUACUGGACUGAUGCUUUAAGACAUAGAAUCGAUACAUCUGACUUAAAUGGACAACAUCGAGUGCAGCUCAUUCCAGAAGCUAAAAAUCCUUUCGGAAUGACACAGUUCAACGACUACAUCUAUUGGACGGACUGGUACAAGAAAGCAGUAAUGAGAGCAGAUAAGAAAACUGGUAAGAACGUAACAGCUUUGAGAACCGACCUGGAGAUGACGAUGGAAAUAAAAGCAGUAUCGUCUGAGAAGCAACAUGGCUGGAACCCUUGCAAGGAAGAUAAUGGGGGCUGCUCUCAUCUUUGUUUCUUUAGAGAACACGACUAUAUCUGUGGCUGUCCUGAUGAAGUUGAUCCGAGGCCUUGCUCAACUGUGCCGAAAAUUCGCAUCGACAACAAAAUGCCGUCUCGCUACCCCUCGUUCUACGACUACACCGACAUUGAAGAGGAUAACGGCUUGCCUCCACCACCGACUGCAAUACCAGACUCCAGCACUGGAGCUAUCAUCAUACUGAUCGCUAUCAUGUGCUUCAUCAUACUCGGCAUUGUCGUUAUUGCAUUCGUUUGUGUGAAAAUGAGCCGAGUUCGCGACGGUGAUAUGAAGGAGAAUUAUCGCGAGUCAGGUGGUCACAUAUCGUUCCAUAAUCCCAACUACAGCUGCAAUACUGGCGCUAGCGGCGGCAGCGCCGAGCAGCUCGAACGUCGACCCAACCGGUUCCAAGGCAUAUUCAAAUACGAUAAAAAUCAGGAGCGUGUGACGAACGUGUACAUCCCGGAGGGCACGAGCUUGCUGCCGCCGCCGCCGCCCCCGCCCCGCCCCGCCGCGCGCCCCGCCACGCACGACGACUUCGAACCAGUCACAUUGCACUCUUACGCAUAGACAACGGGUGCCAACCUAUACUAAAGAUAUCAUCUGCGAAUGUUCAACGGAGCCGCGGUAGGUACUUUAAGCCAGGUUAACACCACCAGCUCAGUAGUUAUUUUCUAAUAACGCGUUUCCGAUGGUGCGACAUUGCGAACCGCGACUUUAGGAAGUACCUCCUCCAGACAUUCCUAUGUGAAUGAUCGCCAGUAGCUACGUGCGUCCGAUUCUAAAUAAGUAUAAUACUAGAUAUGACGUUAUAUGCGUCAAUCCGCAUACCAUCAGUUUGCGUCAUCAGGUUCAUUGAUUGGAUUAUGCUGUGGGAUAGAAAUCCUCGUAGUAAUCCUACGCUGUAAAUACUGUGGCUGUCGGCAUUAGAGUGCUAGAACUGUGUCUAUCUGAUGACGAAUUUAUGGUAUCUCGUCUCGACUUGUUCCAUGUGGUUUUCACACAAACAACUGCCUUUAAGGCAACGAAACCGCACAAAUAUACGACUAUUACUUUGUGUAAUCGCAUGACAACAUGCGAAUCAACACAACAAUCGAUUAUUAUGAUCUUAUUACUAUACGUUAGGUUAGGAAAAUAAAUUACACAAAUGAAGAGUAUCAAAGCGAUUUGAAAUAAAUAUUUUGAUUUUUUAUCCAUCUUUCCGAUAUAUUUGUCAAUUGCAGCUUAUUACGAAAGAGAUCUAGGACGACUAGACUUUAUAAGAUCAAUACGUAAGCCAACAUCUACAUUAGGAAGCUAUUGAAUAAUGAUUAUAAUACGUAUCUAUAUCUAGAUUAGAUCAUAGGUACUAGGUGGUACAUAUGUAAAGAAACAAUAUCUCAUGGUAACCUUACAAUCGUUUGAUAUUCCGUCAGAUGCAGAUCAGUCAUACAUAAAUGUUAUUGAAUAGGAAGUUAUUCGUAAUACAAUAUUUAUAUGAAAUAUGAUUAUUGUUAUAGUUUAUAGGGAUAGGCAAAUGUUUAGAUGCAUAGCAAGUCUGGACGAUUUCUUGUCAAGUGUAAAUAGAUGUAUCUAUUUGUAAUAAAAAAAAGGGUUUAAAGCCGCUGGACCCCAUCCAAUGGGUGUUUGUUAAAUGAAACAACUACGAUACCAUGCCGCCAGGUCGCGUCUGCCCUGUAUUCUUACACCGAGCGUAUACCAUGGGCAAGAUAUAUAGCAGCAUGGUACCGAAGUCAGCAAAGAACAGAUAAUAAAUUUAUUAAUAUUUAUUAUUUUUGUACAAGUCUCAUCUAUCGGUCGUCGCCUGCGGCUCACAGGGAAGAUCGAUAGCGACUUUUAUACUGUAAGAUAUGUCCCGGGGUUGAGGUUCAUGUCCUUGUUACUUAUAAACAAUGUCCUAACUAGUUGAUGUCUACUAUAUUACGUACACGUUUUAUUUUAUUUAGUUUUAUAGUGCGUAUGUAUUUCAGCCCCAAAAAGCAUAAGUUUAUGAGUAACAGGACUCACCCGGACAUUUCUGUAGAGUGGGAAAUGUUUGCUAUAAAAUGAUGUCCCGACCUCGUUUAUGGGUGCCGUUAGAAUGUUUGUACUAAAAUAAAGAAACGUAGUAACACAUCACAAUUUAUACUAUCUACCAGUGAAUCAAAAUUCACUCGAAACAGAUAUUUAUCACUUUCAAUACAAUCCGAUGUUAGAAUAAACUCACCAGGUUUAAAAUGGUGACAAUAAAAUAUCAGUGUAAAUAGUUAGUUUUAAUUACCAAUUAUGUUGACCGACCGAAAUUGUAUAUAAUAGUUUAUUUGUACCUUGUACGUUAUAUAAAAUCAACUGUUUUAUGUUGAAUGAACGCCCGCUGCCGGGCUUGUCUCCUACAUGUUACACGUUCGUCUCAUAUCAGAUUAAUUCAUUUAGUACCUAAUUAGAAUUAAUAUUAUUGAUUAAAUUUAUUUACUUACUCUCAAAUCAUCUGUCAUCGAUGAUAAUGAAUCACUAUUUAUUCAAAUUACUAUAUUAUCUACUUAUAUAUUUUAUUAUGUUUAUCGAUGGACUUUCAAGACAUACCUAACUGGAAAAUGUAUAAAGUUUCACAGGGUGUUUUAAACUAAGGUAGCGUUAGGGCCCUAAACCGGGCGCAGAUACGGUGUAACUUGCAUUUGCUUUAAUAUAUUUGUUUAAAACACCAAAGCGAACAACGCCAAUCUACAAUUAGGGGCGGUUCGAAUGCUGUCAAACAUUUAUGUGGCCAUUAAAAUGAUGAUAUUAUUAUUACUUUAUAUUGAAAUGACGAAAAAACUAUAACGAAAGUUCCUUUUCUGAAAUUAUAAACUUCAAUCCGAUAUUUUAGUGCUCAAGACUUUCAGUAUUACUAUUAGUAUGUAUGUACGUUUAUUUCUACAGAAUGUAUAAUUAUUUAUUAAGUAUGUAUACGUCUAUAUGUGUUGUUGUAAAAUGUCCAAGACUAUUCAAACAAUAAUAUAUAAUAGUAUGUGUAAUACUUGUUAUGGGUACUAACCGCACCGUGUAAACAAUCCGGCCUCUUCUAAGUUACUAGAUAACCGACAUAUAAUGUGUCCCUACAAUAACUAUGUUCGUGACUCUUACAAUCCUCUUUUUCGUCGGUUGGUUUAUUAUUUAAUAAAUUUUCAAUUAUAAUAAAUGUCUAGAUGGAGACGAUAAAUAUCCAUUCCAAUUCUUGAACGAAUUAAAGAGGCUUGGAAGAAUUAUUUCAAAUUCUUCAUACCUAAUGUUUCAUAAUAGUUUUAAGAUAUAUUUUAUGUACAUUGUUUUGUUACAUAGCUUUUAAGGGAUGGGAAACUAAUAUAGUGAGUGCUGUGAUACCGAAUGCUUUGAAAGUGUAGUGUGGUAAUCAGCGAUGGUUAUAUAUUGUAUACAUUUAUUAUAUAUUACUUUAUGUUAUUAGGCCCUGUCGUUUAUUUGAACGUCAUUGUAAUAUUUACGGAAGGGAAGUCAACAAUAAAUGUAAUUCAAAUUCCCAUAAUAACUACUAACGACUAGCAUUUUAUUGUGUAAGUAUUGUAACAUUUAUAAAAGAAGGUAUAUAUUAUGUGCCAAAUUUAAACUUACAGUAUUUUAACAAGAGUGGUUGGGUUCGGGAAUGAUUAUAAUUAAAUUAAUAGUUAAUUAAUUAAACAGCUUUUACACCUUUGAUGCCUCCUUUUAUAGAGGUGUUAAAACUGUUGUCAAAUUUAUUAUUGUACUGACUUAAAGAAUAGAAAUUAUCCCAAUA